UUUCAUCUCGUUGUUGAAGUUUUUGAUUAAUUCUUUUGUAAUAUAUUUUUAUACACAUAACAACAAUGGCUGAGCAUUCACCAGAUAAAAAAUCUGGUUGCGGGUUAUUGAACGCGGUGUUUGGAAGGCGGUGGCCGCGGAGAACCACCUCCACAGGUUCACUUCCCAUUGUCAAUGGCGGCAGCAAUAAAGAUUUUGUCAAAAUGCCGAGCACUCCCAACUCGAAGAGAAGAAGAAACAGUGCUGACGAGAACGUUUUCACGGAAAACGAACCUGAAAACUUAUCGGAAACGCCUCAAAAACCGGCUGCGAAGCCGCCUCAGAUGACGCCGAAUCAUCCGAAACCGCCCCAGCAGCAGCCACGGAAAGCUCCUGAACAUGAACACUUGGCGCCGCCGAAAGCUCAGGCGAACAAUUUGGGGUAUGUCAACCAGGGAAGGAGGGUUCCAAAAGAAGCUGUGGGGAUUUCCGGCGAGCUCGAAAGCAUGAUUGCCGAACAGCAGAAGGGUAGAGGAGGAGGAAAUCUCGUCAGGGCGUCGUCGAGCAACGUGAUGUUGGUGGGAAAUUUAGGAAACUUGAAGACAGGCGGAGGAGGGAACGCAAGUUUAUACGAUCAGUUAGAUAGUUUUUUUCCGAAACCAGCAAGAGAGCAAGAAACAAGCACAACAUCGUCAUCUUCGUUGGCCGGAAAAGCCAAUAAUAACAAAUAUCCGAACAGCGUGAUGGGAAAUGUGGUGAAGAACAAACAGAAUAACGAUCAGCGAGAUAGUUAUAAGCCGAAACCGGGUCCAGACUCUUCGUUAUGCAGGGCGCUGUCGACGAGAAUGGAUCCGGAGACGUUGAAGAUAAUGGGAAAUGAAGAUUACAAGAUGGGAAAUUUCGCGGAGGCCUUGGCCUUGUAUGAUGCUGCCAUUUCUAUCGACCCUAAUAAGGCGUCGUAUCGGAGCAACAAAAGUGCAGCAUUGACAGCUUUGGGGAGGCUUCUUGAGGCAGUUUUUGAAUGCAGAGAAGCCAUUCGGAUUGAACCUCAAUAUCAUCGAGCUCAUCACCGUUUAGCUAACUUGUACCUCAAGUUAGGGGAAGUCGAGAAGGCUAUAUAUCAUUACAAACAUGCAGGGCCGGAAGCCGAUCAUGUUGAUGUAGCUAAAGCUAAAUCGGUUCAAUUACACCUGAACAAAUGCACAGAGGCCAAAAGACUACGAGAUUGGAACACCCUAAUUAAAGAGACAGGGGCCGCGAUAUCAGCUGGAGCAGAUGCAGCACCACAGAUGUUUGCAUUACAAGCCGAGGCUCUACUGAAACUUCAAAGGCACCAAGAAGCCGAUGAAGCCAUGAAGAAUGCUUCAAACUUUGAUGUCGAUGAUUGCACUAGAUUUUUUGGCCCCAUUGCUAAUGCCAAUUUGUUGGUGGUAAAAGCUCAAGUUAAUUUGUCUAUGGGCAGAUUUGAAGAUGCUUUGGCGGCGGUACAGAAAGCGGCGAAACUAGACGCAAACAACAAGGAAGUGAGCAUGGUGAUGAGGAAGGCUAGGGCAGUGGCGGGAGCUCGAUCAAAGGGAAAUGAACUAUUCAAGGGAGGAAAAUUCACGGAUGCAUGUGUUGCAUAUGGUGAAGGACUGGAUCACGACCGAUAUAACUCAGUUUUGUUGUGUAAUCGAGCAGCUUGUCGAUCCAAACUUGGCCAUUUUGAGAAAGCCAUUGAAGAUUGCACGGUUGCCCUUAACAUGCGUCCCAAUUACAGCAAGGCCAGGCUAAGAAGAGCCGAUUGCAAUGCCAAGCUGGAGAAAUGGGAAGCUUCAAUACAAGACUACGAGAUCUUGAAACAAGAUAAUCCCGAGGACGAGGAGGUGAACAAAGGUUUGCUCGAGGCCCAAACCCAGCUCAAGAAACAACGAGGUGGGCCUUGAUCCAAUUUAGAGCGGUUGAGACACAGACAAAAUCAGGCCCAAACAGAACAGGAGCUGCUAGUUUGUAAUAGCACCAGAUAUCAAAACAAGUUCAAUUACAAGAUCAAAAUCAAAUCCUGAGAGGAAAAGAAAAUUAAUUAAAAAAUUUCCGAAGAAAUCAUCCAAAGGGACAAAAAUAUUAAUUUGAUACAUGUUUAUAAUGUUAAUUACGCGUUAGUUUUUUUCUUUUCUUCUCUGUGAU